CAACAAUGGGAUUAUUACCGCUCAGUCGAUGGUCCUGUAAUAAAUCAGCUUAGAUUGCCUUCCAUUUCAAAGAAAGAAGACAAGGUAUUUUUACCCAGAGGAGGAACGAUGUAGUUUCAUCUUAACCUUUUCUUAUACUUACAGGUCCCCUCUUGUGGUCUGCUGCAUGUCUGGGAGGCUAUGAUGGGAAUGAAUGUGGAAAGCUGGAGGUUUCACCUAACUCCUUGCUCCUUCCUGGAAGAUCAUCCUCUAGAAGCAGGAAAACUGCUCCCCGCCCUGGCUGGCUGACUUCAAGGCACCAGACACAUUGUAGAAAGAAAUGAGAAAUGGAUGAAAGCAGCUCGGGGGGCUCCAGACACACGCUCCCUGCGGUCUAGUCCAGGGAAGCCCUUUGGUGGGGCCCUGGCAUUCUGGAAUGUCGUCAGGUCUGGACGCAUGGCCGAUUCCUGAGUGACGAUGGUUCGCCGGGGGCUGCUUGCGUGGGUCUCUCGGGUGGUGCUUUUGCUAGUGCUGCUCUGCUGUGCUGUCUCCGUCCUCUAUAUGCUGGCCUGCACCCCAAAAGGCGACGAGGAGCAGCUGGGGCUGCCCAGGGCCAACGGCCCCACGGGGAAGGAGGGCUACCAGGCUGCGCUGCAGGAGUGGGAGGAGCAGCAUCGCAGCUACAUCAGCAGUCUCAAGCGGCAGAUUGCGCAGCUCAAGGAAGAGCUGCAGGAGAGGAGCGAGCGGCUCAAGAACACGCAGUAUCACCCCAGCGACGCGGGCCUGGGGCUGGAGCAGGGCCCCCCGGAGAAAACCCAGGCGGACCUGCUGGCCUUCCUGCACUCCCAGGUGGACAAGGCGGAGGUGCACGCCGGCGUCAAGCUGGCCACCGAGUACGCCGCUGUGCCUUUCGAUAGCUUCACUCUGCAGAAGGUGUACCAGCUGGAGACGGGCCUGACCCGCCACCCCGAAGAGAAGCCUGUGAGGAAGGACAAGCGCGACGAGCUGGUGGAAGCCAUUGAAUCGGCCUUGGAGACCCUGAAUGGCCCUGCGGAGGGCAGCCCGAAUCAGCGCCCGUAUUCGGCCUCUGAUUUCAUAGAAGGGAUCUACCGCACUGAAAGGGAUAAAGGCACUCUAUAUGAGCUCACCUUCAAAGGGGAGCAGAAGCAUGAAUUCAGACGGCUUGUGUUGUUUCGACCAUUUGGCCCUAUCAUGAAAGUAAAACAAGAGAAGCUCAACAUGGCCAACACGCUCAUCAACGUUAUCGUGCCACUGGCGAGGAGGGCAGACAAGUUCCGGCAGUUCAUGCAGAAUUUCAGAGAGAUGUGCAUCCAACAGGAUGGGAGAAUUCAUCUCACCGUUGUUUACUUUGGGAAGGAAGAAAUGAAUGAGGUCAAAGGAAUACUUGAAAACACUUCCAAAGCUGCCAACUUCAGGAACUUUACCUUCAUCCAACUGAAUGGAGAGUUUUCUCGGGGAAAGGGACUUGAUGUUGGAGCCCGCUUCUGGAAAGGAAGUAAUGUCCUUCUCUUUUUCUGUGACGUUGAUAUCUACUUCACCUCCGAAUUCCUCAACACAUGCAGGCUGAACACACAGCCAGGGAAGAAGGUAUUUUAUCCAGUCCUUUUCAGUCAGUACAAUCCCGGCAUAAUAUACGGCCAUCAUGAUGCGGUCCCUCCCUUAGAACAGCAGCUGGUCAUAAAGAAGGAAACUGGAUUUUGGAGAGACUUUGGAUUUGGGAUGACGUGCCAGUAUCGGUCAGACUUCAUCAAUAUAGGUGGCUUUGACUUGGACAUCAAAGGCUGGGGCGGAGAGGACGUGCACCUUUACCGCAAGUAUCUCCACAGCAACCUCAUCGUGGUGCGGACGCCGGUGCGGGGACUCUUCCACCUCUGGCAUGAGAAGCGCUGUGUGGACGAGCUGACCCCGGAGCAGUACAAGAUGUGCAUGCAGUCCAAGGCCAUGAACGAGGCAUCCCACGGGCAGCUGGGGAUGCUGGUCUUCAGGCAUGAGAUAGAGGCUCACCUUCGCAAACAGAAGCAGAAGACAAGUAGCAAAAAAACAUGAACUCCCAGGAACAGGUUUGGGGAGAUGGUUUACUUUUUCCAUUUUGUGAUUACUGAACAAGUGGCUGUGACAAGGAAAGGAUUUCCAUGAAGGGCAAAAAAAGAAUUCGACUGAUAAGGGAAAGAGAUGAGGGGAGGGAGCCUCCAAUUUCUGUCUAUUUAGCUUUAUGCAACAGGAAUUAAAAUCUUUGCCUGCAAGAGAAGGCCAAAUGCAUCCUGUGCAGCGUCUGGCAAAGCAGAAUGACGGUGAGGUUAGGAGCCUGCUGACGCGGAGGCUCUGGUUGGGUGGACAGCCAAGUGAGAGCGCGUUUCCUUGUGCUCGUAGAAAUAUUCAUGAACUAAGACCAGUUUCUUAAAAAGUUCUUUAGAACGAAAGGCAAGCACGUGUCUCCCCAUAGGAACAAUGACACUGGUAGGGCUGUGAUGCCCAGGAAAGCUAGCAAACCAGAAGGCGGGUGAGGAGACCGCGUGAAACUCAAAGAUACACCCAUGGCGAUCCUUGUGAGGAUAUUAAAACCAAACGGACUCAGAAAAGAAAAAAAAAAGAAAGAAAGAAACUAUUGUGCCGUUUUCACCCAAGAUUAACCAAAAAUAAUCUGCUCAUCUCUUUUAUUCUAGUCCUAAUCAUCUCUAUUUCUUAAUUUUAUUUAAAAAUGCACUUUUUUUGCCUUUGAGUUAUAUUCUGCUUAUUUAAUUACCAAUUUGCAAGCCUUACUAAGAGAGCACAAGUUAGCAUACAUUUUUAUAUCUUUUAAGAAGAUACUUUUAGAUAUAUUACGAGAAGUUUUAGUUCAGACUGACCCCCAUAUCCAAGGACAUGGCAAAUGCUGGUCACGUCGGACACUGAAUGUCAGACCUUUUGUCAUACGGAAGCCAUGGUGUGGGGCUACUGAUAGAGCAAGACAUAUAGAUACUUUAUCCGAAGAGUAUUUCCCAAGAGGAGCAAUUGAACACUAGAGGGAAAGAAAGGUAUACUUUUUACCUUAACAGAAAAGGAAAACUCAUUCAGACUGGUAAUAUCUUGAUUUAUUCAGAAGUCAAAAAAUCCAUUUUCUCCUCAGGAGAACUGGGGAUCACUGUCCUACCAAAGGAUACCAUGUGAACCAAACAAUCUCUUUUCAAAGCAGGGUGCUCUUCCUGGCCGCUGGCUUUCAUGAGAAGAAAUGCAGAAAAAUGUGUUUUGUGAAAGAUCACUCCAUCUGCCAGAGUCAAGUGAGAUGGAAGAUUUUAUUACAUGUUCACCUACCCCAAUCUAGGAGAAAGGAACUUCACUGUUUUUUAAAUGAAGCUGUUCUACUUAGUCACUAAGAUGCUUCUGAAAAUUGCAUUUUAUUACAGUUUCCAACUAUUUAAAAAAAUAAAUACAGUUAACAUUGAGUGGUUUCUACAUUUAUGUGAAAAUUAUUUAUUUAUUAGCCAGCACCAGAUGCAUGAGCUAAUUAUCUGUGAUUCCUUGCCUUCUGUUUGCCCACAGUCAACUCAUUGUUUAAAAGCUUCAGGAACAUUCAAGCUGUUGGUGUGUAAAAAAAAAACAAAAAACAAAAAAAACGCAUUAUAUUGAUUUGUACUGGUAGUUCAUAAAAUU